CUUGCACCUGAUGCUGCACUCCCAGAGGAGCAACCCUCUGCUAGCACUGAUGCCACUGCUACCCCUGCUUUCCAGUGCCUAGAUGAGGCGGCUCUGGGUGAGAUCAAAGCCUUUGAGAUGGAUAGUGCAACCUGAGCCGGCAGGCAGAUGUGUGGCCAACUUAGCCGAAUGAAGCCAAACUGUUGAGGAGUGCUGUAAUCUCUGGCGAUAGGCGGACUGUUCCGACGUGGAUGCUCGACACGGGGGAGUCUAUAAAGAAACAGCCAUGAAUCUAAACACCAUCAAUCACACUACCUGCAAAUUCUCCUUUUCCGAAGUUUUUUAAUGUCAAUUAAAUUGUAAUAUUUCUGUUUUCGUACUCCUUAGAUGUCGUCAUCGGGCAAAAUGAGCCUGACCAAAGUAUCCAAACUGAAAUCCAGCUUCAGGCUCCUCCGUGACACUCUGGAGAGCACUCAGGAGUCUGAGAUCCACCUUUUGGGAGAGGCAAAGAGGUUCCGUGCUGAGCUGGAGAGGCUGCAGGCUGAGGUGGAGAGAGCAGAGGACGAGGGCUCCUCUGUGGAGCCUGAAAGUGAGGUCAAUGAACUGAGGCAACAACUCCUCCAGGCGUACAAUGAACUGAAAGCUUCUGAGGACAGAGAGGACAAGACACGGCACCAACUGAAACGGCUCUGGGAAGAGAAGCAGUAUCUGGAGAAGGAGAAUGAGAUUCAGCCGAAACCUGCAGAGCUGGAGAGCAGAACAAAGACCCUGCAGGACAAAUAUGAGGAUCUGAAGAAAGAUGUUUACCAGAGACAACAGGAAGUCAGAAGUCUGACAGAAGAUGUGGAAACCCAUGAAAUGGAGAUAUUGAAAGAGCAGAAAGAGCUGGAAGACGAGACGCAGAGCAUCGAGCUCAAAGAGGCUGAGAAAGCCCGGCUGAUCAGCAUCCCCAACCAGAUUUUUAAGGAGAUGGAAAGGAAACGCUCUAAGAAGGAAUCUGCCAGGAAGAAGAUGGAAGCACUAAAUACAGAGGUAACACAAGCGGAGCAGCACGUGAAGGAGGUGGACGAGCGAAACCGAUCUCUGAGGUCGAAGAAGAAGGAGCUGAAUGGGGAGCUGGAGGGUCUCAGGGCCCAAAUAGAUGCCAGUCAGAAGGAAUGCCGACAGCUGUUGAAAGAGCAGGAAGUCAGCAGAGAGGAUGAGGCUGAACUCGUGGGCAACAGAGGAAUCCUGGAGAUGAAGUUGCAGAGCGUCAUGUGCGACAGGAAGCACCUGUACGAGAGCCACUCCGUGCGGCUCAAGGAGACGAAUAGGCAAUUUCAAGCCCUCAAGAGGACGGAGCAGGCGUUGACCAUGGCCAGCGAGCAGCUGGAGCACACGCAGUCGGUCUCCAAGGACUUACAGGCACAGCUCGAUGCUGUUUCCAAAGAUGCCGGUAUUCAUCAGAGGAUGGAGCUCCAGAAAGAUGUGGAUGCUCUCAGAGUCAGCUUUGAAAAGCAGCUAUCAGAUGCUGAGGAGGAGAGCCAGAAGAUGCAGCAGUACGGUAUGAUUCAAGGGCUGCUGAGGGAGUCAAACUGCCUCCGACAAGAACUCCAUAACCUCAGAUGUCUGACCCAGAUCAAAGUGGAAGAGAGGGGCCAGAAGCACCGGGAACUGGUUCGAGCUGAGCAGCUGAACCAGCACAUCCAGCAGGAGCUGCGAGAAAAGGACCUCAUCAUCAUGGACCACGGCAAGCUGAACACGAUGCUGCAGCGCAGAGUUGUGCAGUACUGUAAGCUGGGCAACAUGAUCACGGAGGAGAAGGAGAAGUACGUCAACCUGAAGCAGAUCGCCUCGCAGUCCAUCGCGGAGCUGAGGGAGCAGGUGAAAGUGCUGGGAAAUGAAACCGAGAUCCAGCGCAGCAUUGUCAUCAACAAGGACCGAUCACUCACAAAGGCCCGAAUGAAGAACUCUAAUAGCUCCAAAAUAAGGGACAAACUGCACAAUGACAUCUCCAAGUUUGCCUGGAAGCCCCGUCAGGUCAGUCAGGAGUAUGAAGACAACCAACUGGAGCUGAUGAAACUCACUCAAACAAUCAGCCUCCAGGAGAAGGCCCUUCUGGAAAUAAACAGGAACCAUGAAACGGCCGUACAGCGGCGCAACUUUCUUGGCGUCCAUCUCCUAGAGCACGACGAGGUGUUAUUCAACUACUAUAAAAAGGUGGAUGUCCAGGAGGCCGCCAUCACCAAAGGAACCAUGACACUGGAGUCCCUGGAGAAGGAGAUGAGGGACUUACAGUUAGAGGUUCAGGAGGAGAGGAGACAGACCGACCUGAAGAAGAAGGAGGUGCCACUCAAGAAACGUCUGGAGGGAGAGAUCACCACUCUGCAGAUAGAGUUGUCCGAAGCCAGGGACAAGACACUCGAGGGCGUGAACCGGACUGUUGAUUACAAAGAGCUGGAAGGCAAAGACCCGUCGACUGGAGAACUGGUCGAGAAGCUGGAGCAGGUAAUCACGGUGUCCCCCCUCUGCGUUCAGCUGGAGGCGAGUCUAGCAGAGAGCGAGAGGCAGACGCUGGAAAAUGAGCUGCUGGUGGACCAGGUGACCCGGCUCUCCAAGCCGCUGAGCGAGCAGAUGGAGAACUGCCAUCAGGACCGACUCUCGCUGGCCAAGCAGCCGACCUGUGUUUGUGUCGUCCGUCUGCAGCUCAACGAGCUCCGGACUCACGUGGCGGACACCAACCGCCGCCUGAUGGCCGCCUCCGCUGAGCUCUCCGUGAAGCAAGCCGCGGCGUUGUCUCUCCGACAAGAGAUCAGAGAGAGAGAGCUCCAGAUGGAGAGGUGCCAGCGGCAGCUGGAGCAGGGCCUGCCACCAUGCCCCGAGUUAGAGAAGGAGUGGAGGAGGAUGCUCCGAGACAAGAAGAGGAGACAGAGAGACCGAGAGGAGAAAGAGAGGCUUGCUGAAGAGGAGGAGUGGAACCAGCUGCCGAAUGGAGAAUACACCACGGCUGAAAGACGUCCGAAUGCAUACAUCCCCGAGUCGGACGCGCUCCCUCUGCCCAAACCCUACGGAGCCCAGGCCCCCUUCAAGCCCUCCCAGCCAGGGGCCAACAUGCGACACAUCCGCAAGCCGACGCUCAGACCCUUGGAGAUAUAGAAACAAUGGCCGUGUGUUCAUAAACCCGUGGAGGAUUUAAGUUUGAAGAAUAUAUUUCAGUGAUUUGACUCAUUUCUGUCUCAAUCUUCCAUCUGCUCUUUACAUAACUCUAUGUGCCGCUCCCUCCUCCUCCUCCUCCUCCAUGUUUGUGUCCUCGGUGUCCAGCAUACCACUGUUGCUGUGUCAUGUAAAAGUGUACUUGUGGACUACAUCUGGUAGUCAUUUUGUUUCCUUUUGAUAUUGCCGUCAAUAGCUUGUGUACCCUCGUGGUUUCAGUAACACUAAAUACUGUCGGAGUGGAAAGUAAGUUAGGGGACACGUGGCAGAUGAGAUGUCUGCAUAUUGUUAAAUCAUGUCCUCCAAUAAAAUAAAAAACAAGAUGGGGUGGGGAGUUUAGAGAUGGUAACUGGUGAGUCAUUCGCCUUUGAAACGUCUCCAGAUGCACUCGAAGUCGUUCCGUCGGCCGAUCUCGAGGGGAGAGCUCGUGUUCACGUGAAGCCCGUUCCCGUGAGCCGCUCCACCGACGUGUCACAGUGUGCAUCAUGAUGUACACACGCUGGAGUUUAGGAGGGAAAUAAACAUCCAAGUGUGGUUACAAAUCUGUGUGAUUUGUUUUUG